AUGUUGGGAAAGAUCCGCAUCGAGCGCAACCAAGGUCUUAUGCAACUGCAAAGCCUCAGACAAACGGAAUGCAUAAUGAUGAGGAGAGGAUUAGUUGACAAACACCUGAUUCUCCGCCGCUCCAAUGCUGGUCCUGGCAAGGGAGUAGAUCUUGGGGUCCGGAAUCGGCAGAAAUACGGACCACUAAGUCCUUCGUUCUUCCUCACGCGGUAUAAUACCUCCAGUGGACGGGUUGAAAAGCUGCACUGCAUCUCUUCUAUUACGAAGCCCCAUCAUUAUCCCGAGCCUGACACCAUGACCCACGGUAAGGAGAGCAGUUGGGAAUACGCCAGGGGCGACUUCGUAGAAGGACACUACGAGAUUAAUUGUUUAGUAACUGUGUACAGGGAUGUAGUUGAUGGUUGUUCGUCGUCGGCAGAAGCCCAAUUUAUUAGCUUCAUACUUGAGAUUAUCAAAGCCUUACUAGCAUUUGUUUGCUUGUCGAGUCUAGAAGCGGCAUGCUGCUUACGCUCUGCAGCCAACUUGACUGGGAAGUAUGUGCUCCCAGACCCAGAUCGGUACUGGUAUACCAGGAUCCAGCGUUUCCGGGAGUUCCGGAAAUGGGGAUGUGCUACUGUGCAUUGUUUUGGGUAUUGGCUUGCGAUCACCCGUGCUAAGCUCGUCCUGUGGACCAUGGCGAGAUGGAUAGGAGCAAUACUUGUCGAGGCGGAUGCACUAAAGCACAGCAUUAAGGUCAAGACCAAGGAACACGCGGUUAGCUCUCUCAUGCAUUUCCGUUUGAGUUUCCUGGAAUUGUUACUAAUGUGUUUGGAAGCUAAUUUCGUCGAGGAUGCCAUUGUGGUGACAAUCUCGAAGAAGCUGAGAUGGUCCUGUACGAAGGCUGGAGGGAAACGUGAUUGCAACCAUCGCUUAGUAAUCGUCGGUCUCUCGCUGCAGCGCUUCUGUGCCCUAUUUGCUUGUUGGGUUAUAAUGGAAUCAAUAGUGAAAUAUGAGCCAUACGAAAUAUGGUCUGCUACAAUCACGCCCACAAGCCCUUCGUUUAAGUGCAAUGCAAUACCAGGAAUCCAAAUUCCCGGUAUGGAGAUGUUGGAGAAAACGUUGGCGAGAGGGUGUGGACCAGCCCCAGAUACUGUAAUUCGCGCCUCGGAUGGCGGUGUGGAGUAUCUUGAUCGCCCUUGUUGGCUACUGAUGACGGUCUUCUCCAGACCUUCUUGUUUGGAACCUCAAGUCACAAGACAUGAAGAAAGGCGUCUGAGGGUGACGAGGCCAGAUACAGGGUCCGGCCGGCGUCUCGUUAACGGUCGUCUUGGUGGUGUGGGUGGGCGCGCGGAGGACGAGCCAUUUGUGGUAUGGGAGCCUGUAAAGCUCGCAAAUGAACAGGCCUUCCCACCUGCUCAGCCCUAUGGAUUUUCCGUACCUAGGCAUCAAUAUGUGUAUAAUUCUGAUGGCUUCAUCUUUGAGAGAGGCUACUUUGAGCGAGCUAAUGCUAACAUUUGCGGAAGAUGUCUGGCAUGA